AUGCUAUUCUAAAUAAUACAAUCUUCAAAAUUAAAAAUAUUAUUGAAUUUUUUAGUAAAUAAAUUAUUCUUACAAAUAGCAAGCAAGCUAGUAGAAGGAGAAGAAGAAGAACAACAACAACAAAAUAAUUAAGAAAAAUUAAAAAUCUUAAAUUAAUUAAGCCUUUAAUCGAUUAUUGCUACUUGCAAGUUAUAAUAGUUUUAGCAUUAAAAUUGA